GUAAUAGUGACUUAGAAACUUAGUUAGUAAUAAAGUAAGUCUGUACCGUGAAUCUCUUUUAAGCUUUUCCGUCGCUAAGUUUAUCUAAGAAAACGUUUUCAUACAAGUCGUAAUAUACCAAAGAAUCAUUACAUCUUACAAAUCACAAUGAAUGCAAUUUGCUCAAUUCCGAAUUGUGAAAACAAGCCUCCAAAAGUAAAGUUGUUUAAGAUUCCUAUAGCUAAGAAUUUAAGGAGGAUGUGGUUGCUUUCGAUAAAACAACAUUAUCCAAAUUAUUCCGUAUCGUCGCAAAACAAUUCUGAAUCAUAUAUAUGCAGUGAACACUUCAAAGACCAAGACUUUAUACAUUCAGAAAAGGAAUUUUUAAAUAGCUUCGCGAUCCCAACGGUUUUUAAUAACGAUAGUUACAUCUACGUUGACAUUUAUGGUUUACUUCACUGCCCGACAACCAACGAUUCCGAAGCAGAUGAUAGUGAAUAAAAAUACACAAUAUUUACA